AUUCACAUUUCAGUCGGUUAACAACAGUCAAACGGCGAUAACACACAUUAAUUUGUUUCGUGUGCUUUUUCCACAAAAAUAUACAUAAUACAUAAUAUUAAAGGACGAUUAAAAAAAAGCCCAACACAAAUAACAACAACAACAAAAAAUAAAUUCAAUGUGUGGGCGGAUAGAAGGAUACGCAAUCAAGAAAAGGAUUUCAUUCCGCGGUGUUAUCUUCUGACAAACGGUUGUGAUAAAAAAUAGUUUAACCAAAAAAUAUUUCGAAAGAAAAAAUAAUAACGGAUUUAAAAAUUCUCAGGAUAAUUUUUAUCGAAUAAAUAAAAAAAAAUAUUAAACUAAAAAUUCUUACAUCUUCUCUCGCUCUUUCUCCUUACAAAUAAGUGCAAUCUCCUUUUUUAUGACACUUCGAUUGUAAACUAAAGUAAAACAGUUUUUACAAAAGAAAAAAUACAAGUUUUGAAAAAAAAAAAAAUAAAAACAAUAAACACAUCAAUUCAGGAUACGUACCUUUUUGUACCGAAGAAGUUGUAACAUAAUUUUUGUUGUGUUUAAUUUUUCACAUUCAAAUAUUGAAUCUACCUUAAUGCUGUUGGUGAUCCUUGUUGAUUUGUCGUGAGCUAUGGUGCACUUGUUUUAUGGCAUCAUCCGCGAAAGGUGGUGCGUGGUCCUUAGUCAGCUUGUGCAGCAUAAGGACGAUUUCUUGUGAAUUAUGUCUGAUCGUCAAAUGAACGUAUCAUAAAAACAAACAAAGAGAGUAAAAUAUAAAAAGGACGAUCCUUAUACGAUACUAUACCCAACUUCCAACACAUAUGGAUGAUGAUAUGAGUAACAUAUAUUAAGUGAAUGUGUGUGUCGGUCGCGUUACCUGUGAUUAUGGUUUUGUUUUUUUUUUUGUUGAACGUUUGUGAUGCGCUACCUGUCGUCAUAUGAUUAUACACCUGUAAGGAAAAAUUCAUGUACUACUUUCAAUAAUGGUUUGGCCAUAUUCAGGAUGUAUGGAUCGGUUAAUUAGUGCGGAUGCGGACACAGUCUUUCGUUGUACAAUGAUGUGAAAGGUUAUCUGAAAUAGAAUUAAAAAUAUGCAAAUUUUUACUUAAAUGUUUAUAUUUUAAAAACAAAAUUAAAAAAAAAAAUAAUGUAAUAAAAGUGAAAUAAAUAAUAAUAAUUAAUGUGCAAUAAAAAUAUGAAAAACUAAACAAAUAAGUGAUAUUAAAAUUAAAAAUCAAAAUAAACAAAUAAAUAAAAGUGCAAAGAAUACAGUUUUAUAUAUUAAAAAAAGACUCAUAUUAAAUUGGAUAAAUAAAGCUGAGCAAACACCGAUAGGAUAUGACUUAGAAAAAUUGACAUCAUAAAACUUUAAGAAAAAGAUACACUUCUAGUUGGUGGGGAAGCCGCGGUGUCGCCGUCGUCAUCGUAGCGUCGUCAUACCAGGAUAACACCAGUAGAGGCAUCAAGAACCAAGAAGACGACAAAAAUCACGGCAAUUGUUACUGGCACAAGGACACUUUAAGUGAGUGUGAAUCUCGGAAGCCCAGCAAGGAAUUUUAAAGCACAAGAUCCAAAAGGAAUAACUACACAAAGUAAAGAAGACAGAGUAAAAAAAGAGUCCUGUCAAGAGAAGACGAUUUUAUUUGAAUGUUAAACGACUCCGGAGGCGUGGAAGCACGACAACGAAAGCGCAGAAGAACGACUUCAACGACAAGAACCAAGACUAAGAGGACGAGGACGAUUAUCACCCCAACACCCACAAUGACGACAAACAACACCAGCAAUCAGGACCACUACAGUCUGCGGUGGAACAACCAUCAAAAUCACAUCCUUAGAGCAUUCGACGCACUCCUGCAGACGAAGGCUCUGGUCGAUGUGACGCUCGUGUGUGCAGAGAGCAGCAUCCGGGCGCAUAAAAUGGUCCUUUCUGCCUGCUCACCGUUCUUCGCGCGAGUCUUCGCCGAAACUCCCUGCAAGCAUCCGGUCAUAGUGCUGAAGGACUUCCGUGGAUGGGUGGUGCAAGCCAUUGUGGAUUUCAUGUAUCGCGGUGAGAUUAGCGUCCCGCAGGAACGACUCCAGACACUCAUUCAGGCCGGAGAGUCCUUGCAAGUGCGUGGUCUGGUGGAAAGUUCGGUACCCGAGACAACACCCACCCCAGCCGCGUCACCCGAUGACUUCGGAAUGAUCGAUACAUCCCUGAUGUCGUCGGAGCUGGAACGCUGUUCGAGCUUCGAUGAUGAGUCGCCUUCAAUGGUGACGUCCGGUGCAAAAAUUAUCCUGCCAUCCCGCCUCUUUGCGACUUCUUCGUCGUCUCACAAUGAGAACAAUGUACACAACACCUCGACAGGGUCGCAACCAGAACUAUGCACAUCCCCGAUGCCGCGACGGAAGCAGGCGAGACCACGUCGGCGGUCAGGAGAAUGUGCUCCACACGAGGAGAGCAAGCCUUCCACACCAAUUCCCUCGGAGGAACCCGAAUUAGUAGCAGUGAUAAAGAACGAAGAAGACCCUUUGAUGGAGACCGAGGACAUCAAGGAGGAUGAGGAGGAACAAAACCCACCAGAAGAGCGACCAGAAUCCAGUUUGAAUGGUGACGCUGAUGUUGAAGAUGAAAUUGAACAUCAGCAACCCGAAGAAGAGGAGAAGGAGGAAAUCGAACACAAAAGGGAUAACGAAAGUCCUGUCGAGGGCCCCGAAGACCUUUGCACAAAAAAGGACUCAAUUGGCAAUAGCACCGACCAAACGCUCCUCGACGAAAGUAACAACAUUAUCAAUAACAACAACAAUAAUAAUAAUAACAACAACAAUAAUAACAAUAACAACAACACAAACAAACUGAACAACAAUCGAAUAGUCCUAUCACUGAAGGACAUCCGUCAAUUGAACAAACCACCAUCUAUCGGCCGGAGCAGUCAUCCCUUUCCACCGAACUUGAGAGACCUCGACGCACAGAUGCACGCAGCUGCAGCUGAUUUUCACAUGGAUCAAAUGGAUUUGUCGCUAGCGGCCGCUGCGGCGGCAGCAGCUGCCCAGCAUCACCAAAAUCGACAAGAGCAACAGCAUCACCAUCAUCAACAGCAACAACAGCAGCAGCAACAGCAACAUGCCCAACAACAGCACCAGGCACAGCAACAGCAGCAGCAGCAACAACAGCAGCAGCAACAUCAGUCGUAUGCUAAUAGCCUGCUUGGGCAAAUGGGAAUGCCAGGACUUCAUCCACCAGGACAAUUUGGUCACGAACGAAUAGAGGACAGCAUCAAUCGCAUGAACAAGGAAUUCACACCCAGUUCACCGAUGAGCCUGCCAUCACACUUCAAUCCACCGGAUGGACCGCCACAUCCACCGUCGCCGCUGCCCUUUCCUGGUAUGUCGUCGGCGUUGACACUAACGCCGCCACACAUGUUCGGAUUAGAUUCCCCGCUAGGACUAUUUCCACCUGGAAUUGAUCCUGGUAAGCUGUAUAACCCGCUCAUGGAAAUGUCCGACCCACGAGGGCUAGGAGGAGAUCAUCCGCCUUUUUUAAAAAAGAAAAUGUCCCGCCCAAAAGGACAACAUUCAGCUCCAAGAGGUGGGCCUCCACGAUCUUGGACCAAUGCCGAAUUGACGGAAGCCCUGCAACAUGUGUGGAAUAAGAAAAUGACCACCAGCCAAGCAUCAAGGAUAUUUGGCAUCCCGUACAAUUCUCUCCUCAUGUAUGUUCGUGGCAAAUAUGGAAAGAGUCUCAAACUGGAACAACUGCGGAAGGACUGCAUAAGUGGGCCUCCAGUUGAACUCCUAACAAUGGGAUUGAGCUCAAAUAAUAAUGGAAGUGGUGGAGGAAGUGGAGGAGGAGGUUCGAGUGGUGGUAAUGGUGGAAGCAAAAAUACAGACUCCAACCGCAGCAAGGAUUCACGAGAUCUGGAUUGUGGUGGAAGUGGAGGUAAUGGGCCACCAGGUGGCCCAAUGGGCCCUCGCAGCUCAAGUUCCGAACCAGAUCUGCUAUCGGGACCCAAUUCAAUAUUCAAUCCAUUCCAACAAGGUUUCUAUCCCGAUUUUCCGGGUGGCUUCCCCGGUCUCCCACUCGGCAUGCUAAAUCUUCUCCCGCCCGAAAGACAUCAACAAUCAGCAGCAGCUGCGGCCGCUGCUGCAGCCAUGCAUAUGGCAAUCGACGAAGACUGCAAAUCAGAUCGAUCCAAACAAUCCAUGGAUGAUGAAUUCCCCCAGCCAUUGGCUUUGAAUCGUGACGAACGUCGUGAACUGACGCAACAAAACGGGCAGGAUUGAAACUUUUGGCAAGAUUGGGCUACGAACCCGAUCUUUUUCCCUCCUGCCGAACCUCCGCCAGCGUCAAAUAAUUUUAGACAAUUCAAUCAAAACCUCCUCAAUGAACGACGUCGAUUAAAACGUUUUCGUCGAAAACGACGAAUGGAAGCUGCUGCUGCAGCAGUACCUCCAGCUGUCAUUCGAACAUAGAUUUAAGAUUUAACGUUGAAUCACAAGUGUGUGUUUAAAGAGAGAGAGAGGCAUAAACAAACAAUUUGGCAAUAUUUUAUAUAAAAGUUUUAUGUUUUAUUUUUUAUUUAAAAAAAAUUAUUUUAUUUCUAUUUCAAUGUUUUUUGUAUUUUUUAAAAAGUUGAUUUAAAAUAUUUAUAUUUACAAUUUAAUUUUCUUGGUGCUUUUAGUUCCUAUAAAUAAAAAUACAGUUAUAUAUUUGAUAAUAAAUUAAUUUAUUAUUAUUAUUAUUGAUUUCUUAUGUGUUAUAAAAUAGAUUUUGUGGGUUGUGUACACAUAUUUUAAAAUAUUGUACUUAGUAC